UUUCUCCAAACAACAAAUUGUCAAUUUGCCGCAUUUCAAUUCAUAAGGUACUUCCCUCCGUACCCAUUUUGCCAUAGCCACAAAAUUUUACUGUCAUCCCGACUUAAUUGAGAUCGAAGCAUAGUUAUUACAAUUAUUAUCUUAUUAUGAUCGGUAUGAUGAACUCUUCUGCACUAAUGUGCAAACAAGCAUGGCCAAAUUUGCUAAACUUGCGAAAUUUGCCUCAGAAGGACAAGGUUGUGGUGGUCAUGGGAGUCACUGGUGCCGGAAAAUCAAGACUCUCCAUCGACUUAGCCACUCAAUUCAGAGGAGAAAUCAUAAAUUCCGACAAAAUACAAGUGUACAAAGGCCUCGAUAUUGCUACGAACAAAAUCACACAUGAAGAACGUUGCGGUGUACCUCAUCAUCUCCUAGGUGUAAUUGAUCCUUACAAAGAAUUCACCACAAAAAAUUUCUGCAACAUGGCUUCAUUAUCCGUUAGCUCUAUAACUGACCGCGGUAAACUUCCCAUCAUCGUUGGAGGAUCUAAUUCAUUCAUCGAGGCACUUGUCCACGACAAUUCUUAUCAUUUUAGUACGAGGUACGAUUGUUGUUUCCUAUGGGUCGACGUGUCAAUGAACAUACUAAAUUCGUUUCUAUACGAACGAGUGGACAAAAUGGUCGAUCAAGGAAUGAUUAACGAGGUAAGAAACAUGUUUAAUCCAAAAAGCAAAGAUUACACCAAAGGCAUACGUAAAGCAAUUGGUGUCCCAGAAUUUGACAGUUAUUUUCGAGCUGAACUGUCAAAUUCCGUGGACAUAGAGACACGUGAGAGACUUCUAAAGGAUGCUAUCAAUGAAGUGAAGAUCAAUAACUGUAUACUAGCUAGUAAACAGUUAGAGAAAAUUAAACGAUUGAUUAACGUUAAGGGAUGGAAAGUGCAUCGAUUAGAUGCAACGGAAGUAUUCACAAAAAAGAGGAAAGAAGAGGAAGAAAAAGCUGAGGAAAUAUGGAAGAAUAUAGUGAUGGGACAGAGCACAAAGAUUGUGGGUAAAUUUUUAUGCGAAGAUAAUAGGAAAUCAAUGGUUUAUACAAGUGAUGGGACAGCAAGUUGUGCAUUAAUCUGAAGACGUGUUUUUUGGUACCUUAGUUGAGCGUGUGAUUCGCCAGUUUUGGGAGAUAACAUUCAUAUAUGUCCACCAACAGCUAGCUUUAGCAUCAUAUAGUUUAUUUUUAUUUUUCACUGAUCACUAUUGUAACUACAUAAAGACUGUAACCCUUUUGCUAUGGAACAUCAAAUAAUAAUUGACACAGAGAUCUUAUACAAUA